CGUACCCCCUAUAAAUUGCACCAUGCAUGUUGGUGGCAGUUAUAAUGCGGAUCUAAACGCACAUGUCGAUAGUUCGAGUAGUGCCGAGGAUCUAGGCAAUAUCUCUUCGGUGCAUACGCAGCAGGACUCGCCGCAAUGAUCGGAUCUCUCAUUAUCUUCUUCGCAAUGUCGAGCGUUAUUCUAGCGGCUCCACAGUGGUACGGGCCUCACGCUUCUCCAGCACCACUGGGUCCAGAUGGUCGUGUGGUGGACACGCCGGAAGUCGCGCAAUUAAAAGCUGCUCAUUUGAAUGCUUUAGCGGAAGCUAAUGCACGUGCGCCAAAGGGGCCAGGACCAGUCGGUGCUUACGCUGGGCCUAAUGGGCCUUAUACUUCCGGAAAUUAUAUUCCACAUUACAGCGGACCACCGGCCCCAUUGGGCCCAGACGGUCGUGUAGUUGACACACCCGAAGUCCAACAAGCCAAGGCCGUACAUUUUCUUUACAAUGCGGAAGCGCGACGCGUGCCGGCCGGUCCAGCUGAUCCAGUCGCCGCCGGCGCCUACGAUCCGUCCUGGAACAACGACGGUUAUAAUCCCGCUUGGAACAAUCUGGCUCGCAGUUAUUAUUAAUUUGCAAGCAGAAAUCAGAUCUCAAGAUGACCCGAGACCCGCACUCCCGCUCGUUCGACUGGCAUCGAUGUGGACAGUGAGGUCAAUCGAUCGAUUGACCGCGCUGAAUCACUCGAGACCCUCGGUUUUCUCUUCUAGCUACCUCAGAGAAUUGGAAAAAAGACUAAGAUAUGAUUAUCUACCUCCCAAACGGCGCUGAUGCAUCUCUCUAUUUUCAGCGUCACUUUUCAUGCGCUUCCUAUUUUUCACGUGCGAGUACUUGUAUCCGGUACGUACAUAUAUGAUGGAAAAAAAUACAUAUGUAUAUGAGAUCGA